AUGGAUUGGAUCACCGUCCUCCAACACCUCGGCCUCCCGGAGUUGGUCAAGAAGGUCGUCGAAUUUCUGCUCACUAAGGCCUGCUCCGAGGUCUCCCGCAUCCAAGGCGUCGAGGAUGAGAUCGCCAAGCUUCGGAGAACCCACGAGCGGAUCCAAUCCCUCCUCGUUGAUGCAGAAGAGCGCCGCCACAUCGAGGACGAAUCCGUCAAGAGCUGGCUCCGGGAGCUGAAGACUGUCGGCUUCGACGCCGACGACCUUCUCGACGGCUUUCGGACCCAUGUCGACGUCUUCAAGCACGCCAAGGAAGCUCCUUCCCGCAAACGGAAGCGAUCCUGGUACGACGUCCCAAUCCCAUCUCUCGGCGUCGACACCCGUCUCGUCAGGCGCUACAACAUCGCGACGGAGAUUGUCAAGAUCCAGAGUAGACUCGACGAGAUCUACAAGAGGCGGAAGAAUCUUCAAUUGAAACCCUCAGAUGGGAGGCAGCGAAACGAGGGCUCGAACAUGGCGGUCUUUUUUCCGGCCGUUGCAUCUUUGGAUGUAUCGAAAGUCGUCGGGAGAAGCAAACAAUGCGACUCGAUUGUGGCCGCCCUGAAAGUAGAUUCGGACUUGCCUCCUCGUGUGAUUGCCAUCUACGGCAUCGCCGGAAUAGGUAAGACCACACUCGCCCAAUUGGUCUUCAAUCAUUUCUCUGGGAGAGAUCGGGAGGAGGUUUCCCCAAACCCCAGUGGAUCUCUCAGCGGUGUCGACAGGCACUUUGAAAUGAAGAUAUGGGUGUCCUUGCCAAAAGUGUGUGACAUAGCAAGGGCAACUAAAGAGAUCAUAGAGGGGAUAACCGGGGAAAUUUGCAAGCUUCCAAGCCUAAACCACCUGCAAGAUUGUCUCAAGAAAUGUGUGAAGGACAAAAAAUUCUUGCUCGUGCUAGAUAACUUUUGGGCAGAAGACUUCAAAUUCUGGGAAAUUCUGCGUCUUCCUCUGCUGAAGGGAGCAAAAGGAAGCAGUGUUUUGAUUACGACUCAAAACAAAGAAGUAUCGAGGCUGGUGGCCACUAUGCCUUUGCAUUUAGAGGGUCUCGAGAUGAAUGAUUGCCUAAAAUUGUUUACUGCUUUGGCAUUUCCCCAAGCUGAAGAGGACGUUGAUCAAUUAAAAGACAUUGGUGAAAGAAUAGUGGAGAGGUGCCAAGGUUCGCCUCUUGCCACAAUCUCACUGGGCAAACUCUUGAGAUCCGAAAGUAAUGUUGACAACUGGGAGAUCGUCCUCAAUGAAAUGCUAGCUCUGGAAGGCUCGGCAAACUCUAGCACUCGUCCAAUCUUGCCGAGUCUCAUGAUAAGUUACCAUCACUUGAACUACCAACUGAAGCAGUGUUUUACUUAUUGCUCUAUUUUUCCAGAUAAUUUUGAGUUUGACAAAGAUCAGCUGGUCAGGAUGUGGAUAGCAGAAGGUUUGAUUCAGCAAAAUGGAAGGCGACCACCGGAAGCCAUUGGUAGCAGGCUCUUUGACUACCUUCUGUGGAUGUCAUUCUUUGAACGCUCCACCAAGCCUUGUUCGAAUGGAACUAUAUGCAAGUACACAAUGCCCAACCUAAUUCAUGAUCUUGCACGCCUACUGUCUAAUAAUGAAUUAUUGGUUAUGGAAGACAAUGAGUUGAAUCCUUCAUCUGGACAAUUUCGUUAUGCAUCAUUACUUCAUAGAAAAUGUGUCCCAAUAAUGUUUGAGAAAAUAUACAAUCAGGAGCACUUGAGGGCGCUGAAAUUGUGCAAUGAAUCUAAGAUAGAUGUGGCCGGGAUUCCAAAAGAUCUGUUUGGCAAAUUAAAAUACCUACGGCUUUUGGAUCUGAGCAACAGUGGCAUAGAAAAAUUGCCAGAUUCAGUUGGCAAGCUAGUUCACCUGAGAUAUCUUGGCCUUUCUGAAACCAAUGUCGAAGAGCUGCCGGAGUCAGUGGAAGACCUGUACAAUUUGCAGACUUUGGAGCUCAAUUUUUGCUCCAACCUUUCCUCGUUACCCGAAGGGACAAGUAAGUUAGUCAACCUAAGGCAUCUGGGUUUGCAUCUUGACUGGGAACAGAUUAACGAUUUGAGGCGCAUGCCUACUGGAAUUGAUCGCUUGACUUCUCUGAUGACAUUGUCAAGAUUCACCGUGACCAAUUAUGUGGAUGGCUGCAACCUAAGGGAGUUAAAGAACUUGGAUCUUCGAGGAGAGCUCUGCAUCUGCAAACUUGAAAACGUGACCAAUGCAAGUGACGCCAGUGAAGCUAAUUUGGGAGAGAAGCGGAUUGACAAACUGAUGCUGCGAUGGAGCGGUGAAACCUCAAAUGUGCAACAAGGUGCGAAUACCUCUAAUGUGCAACAAGGUGUGAAUAUCUGCAAAGAAGUUGCCGAGAGAUUACAGCCCUACAAGUAUCUUAAAUGCCUGUGGAUCUUGAAUUAUCCUGGAAGCAAAUUUCCAGAUUGGCUGGAGAACAUUGGUUUCUCAAGUCUAGAAAUGGUGAGGCUAUCUUGCUCAGGAGAGUGUGAAUCUUUGCCGUCGCUUGGGCAGCUACCUAAGCUCAAGCACUUGUAUAUUGAAGGGAUGAAGAGACUGGUAAACUUGAAGAACAUGAUUAAGGGGUUUCUAUCUUUGGAGACUCUUACGAUCAAAGACAUGCCUAUUUUGAACAUGCUGUGCAAAUUCAAAGGUAAUUUUCCUAAGCUCUCAAAGGUUGUCGUUUGUCAGUGCCCCAAGUUACGUCGGCCGAAGGAUCUUCCAAGGAGGAUAGAGUUAAUAAUUAUUCCACAAUCCACUGACAAUGUAGACGGAAAUGAUGUGAGCUCUGAUCUCUCUCAUUCUGCAUAA